AUCAACAUCCGGGGCAUUCAGAAAGCGCGUUGCCUGAGGAGAGAGAGACAGUGAAGGAGACCGAGGUGAAGGGAAGGCUUCGGUUUUUUGAAUUUUCUGAAGCUUGCAUAUGGUAGCCAACACACAAUUUGUGCGCGUCAAAGCAGAUUUCUAAAAAAUGGAUUUUACAGAGGCCUAUUCUGACAGAUGCUCUGCUGUUGGCCUUGCAGCUAGAGAAGGUGAUGUCAAAUGUUUGAAGAAGCUCAUCAGACAAGGAUAUAGUAUUGAUGUUCCCGAUAACCGAGGUUGGAUGCCAAUCCAUGAGGCAGCCUUUCAUAACACAAGCAAAUGCCUGAAGCAUUUAAUCUGUGCAGCACCUUCUGAUAACUACAUAAGGUCAAAGACGUUUGAAGGCACUAGUUCAUUACAUCUUUCGGCAAGACGGGGGAGCUUGGAGUGUGCUGCUCUUCUCCUGGAAUCUGGAGCUGACCCUAAUGAGCUGACUAACGAUGCAACAACACCUUUAUUUUUAGCUGUUGAAAAUGGACAUACUGAUGUGAUAAAGCUUCUUCUUCAACAUGGAGCAAAUAUUAAUGGAUCUCACUGUUGGUCUGAAUGGAAUUCCUUGCACCAGGCUGCUUUUCAGAGAUAUCCUGAAAUAUUGAAAUUACUCCUUGACCAUGGAGCCAACAUAGAAUCUGUGGAUGACUUUGGGAUCACACCUUUAUUUGUUGCUGCGCAGUAUGGAAAACUGGAAUGCUUAAGGAUACUUAUUUCAUAUGGGGCAAACGUCAAUUGUCAAGCCACAGACCGAGCCACACCACUAUUCAUUGCUGCCCAGGAGGGCAAUGACAAAUGUGUGGAAUUGUUGUUAUCCAGUGGAGCGGAUCCAAACUUGUACUGUAACGAAGAGGAAUGGCAGUUGCCUAUCCACGCUGCGGCACAAAUGGGGCACAGCAAAAUAUUGGAAAUGCUUAUCUCAGUGACUGACCAGCUCUGUUGCAGUGCUGAAGGCAAAGUGAGUCCUGUCUACUCAGCAAUCUAUGGCGACCAUACAGAUUGCUUGGAAUUAUUGCUCAAAGAAGGCUAUAGCCCAGAUGCCCAGCCUUGUCCAGUCUUCGGCUGCAGAUCGCCCAUGUCUCUGGCUAUCCAAAAAGGAUUUGGGUUAAUUACUCUUCUUCUCAAGUAUGGCAUCACUCCUUUGGAAACAGAUUUAAGCUGCUGUCUGCACCUGGGAAAGUUCUCAUUAUUUCAGCAUUUCUUGAAGCGGGGUUGCAGGUUUCCAAGUGGGCAGCACUUGGCAGAAUUUUCAAAGUGUGCAAUUAAUGCUGGAGGAAAAUAUAGAGAGUGGCUUCCUUCUCUCCUUUUGGCUGGGUUUAAUCCAGUGAAUCUUCUCUGUAAGCCUUGGCUUUGUUGUUUAGACAAUGAUGCUCUGAACUUCCUUCUGGAGUUUACUAACUGGAAGAGGCUUCCUCCGGAUGUGGAACAGAUCCUCUCUGCCCGCAAAGAAACUUCCGCCUGGGUGCCCCGUAGACACUUUGAAUGUAUCCCUUCCUUGUCGCAUCUUUGCCGUUUGGAAACCCGGUCACUUCUAACAAGCGAUCGCUUACGAUCAGACCAGUUUGUCCACCAGUUACCAUUACCUGAUUGCCUGCAGAACUUCUUACUUUACUCAGACAUAUUGCAUACAUAUGACAUUUCAGAACAUUGGCUUAAACUGUGGGAAACACAUGGAGAAAAUCCUUCACAGUCUUCCUCCAGUUCGGACAAUACAGAGAGAAGAGGAAUGUAAGGACUGAUACAAGAAGAUUGUUAAGGUGCUAAAAGCUACAGCUGUGGCGAAGACCAAAUUGUUGAAUCUGAAGGAUGGUUUCUGCAACAGUCGACAUCUCUUCUGUUGAGCCUUACAGACUGUGCUCUCUACAGAGAUUUUUAUUGUAUGACUGCCAGCAAAUAAGUUUUUAAAUGUUGUUUUCUGUUCAUCAAGUGUUUAAACAGAUGAAAACUGGAGUAUAGAGAAGUAAAUGUUAUUGAUCACUUCAGAAUAAAGAAAAAUGUCUCUGUAAAUGUAUUAAACUGUUGUUCACCUUUAGAAUUACAAAUGGAAUUAAUAAAGAUGUUACUACAAUGGA